GCGCGGAGCGCACAGCCUUUCAAAAUACAGGACGGCCGCAGCAGAGGGACGCACGGAUCGUAGGUCGGAAGUCUGCAGCGUAGCGCCGAGAUUCUCCAUCGCUGGGGCGCUUACACGCAUUUGGCGCCUGGAUCUGGCACCCCAGACCGGAACAAAUCCGCGCGCGCGCGCCUUAUAGAUCCGAAUCGCUGCGCCUUACGAGCGCCCCGACUUAUAGAUCCGAAUCGCUGCGAAAUACGAGCGCCCCGACCGAUCCUCAUCGCGAGGAUGAGCUUCUGCGCGCGCCUCGACCGCGCCGACCAGAUGGCGGCGCUCCUCGAGUGCCUGCUCAUGCAGAAUUCGGACGACGCGGUGCACGUCGUCGUCGACGCGGCGAACGUCGAGUUCCAUGUCCUAGGAAGGAGCAAGACGACGCGCGCGCGGCUCACGUUCCCCUCAGGGUGCUUCCAGGCCUACGAGGCACGCGACGAGCACGACAACGAGUUUGUGGAUGGCGCGGACCAGGAGGCCCUCGCGCUCUCGCUGGACGGGGGCGGGUUGGUGGAUUGCCUCCGCAUCUUAGGCGACUGCGACGUGAGUUUAUCGUAUGCCCAGCGCGACGAGAUCGUCAAGCUGACGUUGGAAGAACCGGGGGCCUUCACGGCGUGCGACCUGUGCGCGCUCGACGCGGGCGACGACGAGGACCUGUUCCAGGACGACCUGAGGGACGCCUUCGCUGCCGCCGCACCGGCGUGCACCCUGCUCGCGGCGUCGGCGGCAUUGCGGGACGUCGUCCAGGAUUUAGAUGAAUCCGCCGUCGCCGCGCAGUACAUCCGCCUAAGCGUCGGGCGCCAGCGCGCGCGCUUUUCCGCUAGAGGAUCGACGGGGACGGUGGAGAUCGACGUGCCGCGCGACGCCUUCGUGCUCUUCGAGCCGCCUCCCAGGAGAACCGGGUGGAAGUACCGGACGGGCGCGUUCCUCCACGCCAUGCGGGCCCUGCCCCACGCGCGCGAGACGUGCGUGCGCGUCUCGCCCCAGGGCAUCCUGGGCGUGCAGCACCUCGUGGAUAGCGAUAGCGGCGAGGACAAGAUAUUCCUCGAGCACAUGGUCUGCGCGCUGGAAGAGGAGGAGCCUGAUCUGGAAGAGGAGGCCGACGACGAAUCAGAAAGACCACCGUCCGUGGUCGCGUCGCCGGCCUUUUGACGCGUGAGGGGCACAAGGCCCCUGGUUAAGUACGUACAUGUGACAAGUUAGGGCGCGACGCACGGCCUCUUUUUGACGACUACGAAGUAAGUAAGUACAUGUG